AUGGCGGGAAGUGAUGCGUCGGCUGAGAGGAGCGAGAACGUUAAGGAUUUCGCAGAGACUGAGAGUUCCGAUAUUGCUAUCCAUGAUGAUACCUUGGCUCACGGGGACGAGCCCGAAACGAUCAUCCCUGAUGGAUUGAGGAUCCUUGUCAAGGAUGACAUUAUCAAGAAGCUGUUGGAGGAGCACGUGGGAGAUGAGAGAAAGGAUGUUGGUCAUGGCGAGCGCGAAAUGCGGGAGCAGCUUGAACAGCCUGGUGUGGUAGAGGAACAUGAUGACACCACCCUUAUGCCUAACUCCCAUCUUUCCACCACCGGCUCCGACGAGAUCCCCGAAUCAGCCCAGCCUGACGAGACCGCGCGCAAUCCGCCCCUCAAGGCAGAGGAGAGACUGGCUUAUAGUCUGAAAUCCGAUUUGACAGAGUUGGGCCACGGGAAGGAUUAG